CGAGCGAGCGAGCGAGCGAGCGAGAGAGCGAGAGAGAGAGAGAGAGAGAAAACUUACGUAGCAAGAUCGUACUUUAACGAUCCCGAAGACGCAAGAGAGAGGAAUCUCACCGAGAUUCCUCGAAAGAGUUUCUCCUCUUGAUCGAGCCUCUCCUCGAGCGUGUCUUUUAAGGUCGAGACUAUCCCGGCAAACGGGAAUUUUAACCGAUCGUCGCGAUUCGACGAAAAUCUUGCACUUUUGUAACCGGGUUAAGAGCCGCGCGCGCAAGUCUUCGGGGACCCCCUACUCCUUUACGUUUCUCUCCUUAUCUUUCCAUUCCUUUUGGAAUUCCUUCCUUCGAACGAGAGGAAGGAAUUCCAUUGAGGAGAAACUCACGAAGGGACGAGUAUGUUAACGGUCGUUUCAGCGAGCGUUAAGUAACAAGGCGAAAUAAAUCUAAUUUCAUUUUUUUCUAUCCAUCCUCGAUGCCAUUAAUUCGUCAUUUUCGAUGAUUCACGAGAAAUGUCUAUCCUCCAUCCAUCCGGUCCAUCCAUCCUCGCUCACCACGCAAUAUCUUUUUCGCAAAGAUACUUUUCUCUUUCAUCUUUGAGACUCGUACUCGAUGGCACGUGCGUUCUCGUUCGCGCCUGCAUCGAGUAUAUAUUGCAGUACUAGUAAAUAGCUCUAACUCUAGCUAUAGGAAAAGAUGACCUCGAAUCAACAACGUUUGCUCGUACGUUAUUGGAAUGCGAUGAAUAAUUAUCAAGCGUGAAAGCACAUAGCUGUCGAAUACAGUAGUAGAUACCGCCUAGUAUAAAUAAUACCGGAUCUUCUUUCGAGUCUUUACGAUCGAUUCGACUUUCUUUGCGAAAGUCAUCAUGAGAAAAGAGACUCGGAGAGAUUCGUAACGAUCGAUCGACACGUAAGAUUCGAAAUCCUUCCUUUCGUCCAACAAACGUAUUUAACUACGUUCGGAGGAGGAAGUCUGCCUCGACGAUUUCGAUCGUACCGAUUUGCGUCGACGCGAUGUAUUGUGUUCUCUUCCUUUUCUUCCUCUCUCUCUCUCUCUCUCUCUCUCUGUCUCUCUCUUUCUCGUUUAUCCCUCCCUUUUGUAGAACAUCGUAGAAAGCGGGCAUUCUAUCGGAAAGGAUUUCUCCUAAAAUCGUCGGGUUUAAUUACGCGCGACGAUGCACCGAUUCUUUACGAAAGAAAGUUGUUUUUUCUUCCAAACGCAAACACCGACCAAAUUUCUUGCUUAUAAUAGAUCGAUUAAAAAGUAUGGUAUAUAUCCAAUGAUAUUUCUUUUUUGAAUUCUUAACUUUGAGUUCGAGUCAAAGAAAAUGUUGGUAAAAUAGAAGAAGAAAGGAAAAGAGAAAAGAUAGCAUAUAAACAAAUUUAAUUGACUUUUCUUUCUAUACUUUGAAAGUUUACGAGGGAUAAAUCGAGAAAUUCCGAACAUUCCGGAAGUAGUGUAUAUAUAUGUACCUUUUUCUUCUUCUUUUUUAUUUUUUUUUGAUUUCCACGAACGACUGUUCCUGCACCUCGCCCCUUCAAUUAUAUAUGCGAGAUAAGCGAUAUUUCUACGAGUGGCAAUGCGCUCAAAGGCAUUCCGCGUUCCUACGAGUGAGAAUCCGUGUCACGUAUAGAUAUAUGUAUACACACUUACAUACCAUAUACAUUUACUAUUACAUUCGUAUCGAUAAAAAAAAAAAAAUGAAAAAGAUAACGAAGAAAAUAAUUGGGCCAAGUUAUGCAGAAAAUUACCAAUCUCUGAAUAAUCUGAAAUCGAAUGAAUUUAAAAGUUCGAAGAUUUUUUUUUAGCCAAUUAAUUUUGUCGCCAUUAAUCGAUAUUUUUUUAUUAACAAUUUUCUUUCUCCUUUUUUCAACAUUUAUUGAAUGCAUCAAAAAAAGUAAAAAAGAAAAAGAAAAUGAAAUCGGAAGAAAUCAUUUCAGUCGGAAUAAAUAGUUUGGAAAUUUAUUAAAAAAAUAAUUAUAAGUUUCAUAAGAUGGAACUAUGGCUUGGUAGUUUCAAUAAUUGUAUAAUGUAAAGAUUGUCCUAUGGGUUGGUAAUGUUUUGCAAAAUAAACAACAGAACAUUAUGGGAUUUUAUGUUCAAGAAUUUUUUUGUCAUUUUGAGGGUUGGUAGAUCACUGCGAAUCUUGGCUCGAUUUAUUGGUAAUCGACGAUAGAAAAAAAAUUGCGUUAAUGUUCAAUGGAGAUCAAAGAUGUAUUAAAACAACAACAACAACAACAACAACAACAAUAACAGCAAGGACAGAGAGAAGAAAGCGCGAGGAAUAAAAGUCGCGUGGCGAAGUAGAUUAACGAGAAGAAAGGAGGAUGAUCAUUAUCGGUGCAGACGCGACACGCAUACGUCGACGUUUUACUCACGAAAAUAACGAACGAAAUGCUUUCUCUCGAUGCGCUUCGGUAUGCAAGCGACUCGCGUGUUCGUUCUUCGGAAGAAGGACUUUCUGAAACGUCUUUCUCCCUUUUUUCUUUCUUCUUUCUUUUUUUUUCUUCCUUAGCACGUCGUCUUUUACGACUCGUCCAUAAAUUUAUUACGAUGGAACGUAAGCAAUCAUAUUUUCUAAUUCUCCUAUUUUUGUAAAAAAAAAUCUCAUUUAUACGUUUCUAUUAAUUAUUAAAAGAGAAUUCAUUGAAACGAAUUAACACGUAACAGGAAAAAGAAAAGAAAGGAACGUAAACACGACUUUGUAUUUCCUCUUGACAUCGGCAAUAUUUUUGUUUAUACUACAUAUUUAUAUAUACGUAGGUAGGUACGUAUAUAGAUACAAUUGAGGACUCGGUUACGCGGCAGUCACGAGCUCGAGUUUAUAGCUAACGAUAAGGGAAACAGGUUGUCGGAUCAAUUUCAAUUGGGAUUUCGUUGUGAUACUGUUAGAAGAGGAUACGUUCUCGGUUUUCAAAGCUCGUUUCGGGCUCUCGUGGAAGGAAGGAAGGAAGGGAGACAGACAGACAGAGAGAAAAAGAGAGAAAGAAAAAAAAGUAUGGCAUACACGGACACAGUCGCGUUCGUCGGAAAAAUACGAUGCGGUGAUGCGUGAGAGAGUUUCGCUUGGUUGCUGCAGUUUCGCUCUAUAUGGUUGUCAACCGUGUCGUAAUUGCUAUUGUCGCUCUCUCGACUACGAGUUCGAAGAUGAAUCGCAAAAGAGAGAGAGAGAGAGAGAGAGAGAGAGAGAGAGAGGAAGAGGAAGAGAAAGAAAGGAAGGAAGAUAUCACUGUAUUGUUACAUCUCUUUCUCUCUAGAUCAACAAACGCAUAUCUACAUAAAUAGAAACGUAACAUCGUCGUCCCUGGUAAGUUAAAAUUAAUCAAAAAUAUUUAUUAACCGUUUGAUAGAAACGAUCGUUGAAAGAGAGAGGGAGAGAUACUUAGGUAUAUACGUAUGUGUACCUAUUACACGUACGCACACGUGCGUACGAGAAGUACCGUUGAUCUUUUGUGAAAUUGAUUAAUCGGCUUUCACGUUAAAGGGGAUCGACGAUGAAACGUUAACUACGCGCAAAGCGUGGAAAGAUUCGAAUCAAGAAAGAGAAAGAGAAAUAGAGAGAGAGAGAGAGAGAGAAAAUCACGGCGGUCUCCAUUGUCGGCAUAUCGCGGUCAUUAAGCGUGUUGUAAUUGCCACUGCAAUCGCCCACCCAGACGCGAGCUAUGAAAGAAAGAAAGAAAGAAUGAAAGAAAGAGAGGAAGAGAGAGAAUUAUCGACGAUGAUUCGUUGCAAAAGUCGGCUGGCAGGAAAGUGUCGGCGAAGAGAGCGCGUCGGCCUCUUUAUCUAACAUAUUCCGCCCCGACGUUCGUCAUAAGUUCGUAACGAUGACACAAUCUUCCGGAAAUUGUUUUCUUUCGUCCAUUGAACGUUGCACCUUACGUCGCACGUACGUAUCUGGAGGAUUGAAAGAGGUAAAUUGGAUUCGCGUUUGAGAAAGAGAAAGAGAGAAAGAGAAAAAGAAAGAUAUAUCAUGUAUCGACCAAAUUUCUACGAGAGUACGUGCCUGAGAUGCGCACAGACGGUUUAUCAGGUCGACAGGGUCGGCCCUUUAAAGGACUUUACGUUCUUUCAUGCUGGAUGUUUCAAGUGUGCGAUAUGCGGUACGAAGUUAACCCUGAAGACUUAUUACAACAAUCAGCACACGAUAAACGAUAAGGAGGUUUACUGUAGCAGCCACGUGCCAAAACCAGGACCGGGUACGUUGGAUGGUUCGAGCGUGGGCAUAAGGAGUGCUUUGAACGUACCAAGAAGCGGUUACGUCAACGAACAGAUCAGAGCUGGCGGUGCGUCACCUCGUGCAGCCUAUCCACCUUGUUACGAUAACGUAGACUCGCCUAAUUACGGUAGGCACUUGAACGGACACGGUUCACCCCCAGCUACGAAUUCGUCUCAAGGGAGAGAUUAUCACGGCGGUGGUAGCGGUGGUGCAUCCUCUCCGUAUAACCAUCAUCAACAACAUCAUCAUCAUAAUCAUCAUGCACAGGACGGAAGUUAUCAGUAUGGGAGAUUCGAUGCUAGUGCGCUUCACAUUGCGCAUGCUCUCAAGCAAACGGAACUUCAAAAGGGUUAUAGCAAGGCUCGCGAGAAGCCCAUCGAUUAUUAUCUGGAUCGAGACGAGCAGACGCGUUUGGAGAUGAAGCAUCGCAAGGAGGAAGAUGAUCUUUAUAGAAAAUUUGCUCACCAUCGAGAAGAAGAAGAUCGACGGAUUAGAGAAGAAUUUAGAGACGAGUGGGAGAAGGAGCUGGAACAAUUAUCGGCGAGGUGGGAACGAGAGAAGGGAGGAAGAGCGCGUACCCAACAAUUUCAACAGGAGAAAGAGGACUUGGAGAAAAACAUGACUCUUCGCAGAGACAAAAAGAAGGAAAGUCUCACGAGGAAAAUGUUGGAGCACGAGCGAGCUGCCACGGCAGCAUUGGUUGAGAAGCAGAGUUCGGAGAUGUUGGAACUGAUAAACGAGGCAAGAAGCGAGUAUAUGCUUCAAGAGAGUUUGUAUCUCGAUGAGGGUGACGGUUAUACUCAAGAAGCACCACCACCGUACCCUUCCCGAGCUCCACCACCUCAGCCACCGGCCUUAGCUAAGUAUCACAUUUACAACGAUCCCAUGGAAUUCGCGGAUAUGGAUCAAAUCGCGAUCUCGGUCGCUCAAGAAGAUCAAAAGACGUUUACCGACCUUGUACGUCAAUUGGUUAGCAGAUGUGGCUCGGAUAUCGAGAAGGCAAGGACGAUAUUUCGGUGGAUCACUGUAAAGAAUCUCAACACCAUGCAAUUCGAUGAGAAUUUGCGAGGAGAUACGCCUAUGGGACUCUUGAGAGGGAUCAAACACGGCACCGAGAGUUAUCACGUUCUAUUUAAACGACUCUGCAGUUACGCUGGGUUGCACUGCGUCGUUAUCAAAGGUUACAGCAAGUCCGCUGGUUAUCAGCCGGGCGUUUGUUUCGAGGACAAUAGGUUCAGGAAUAGUUGGAACGCCGUUUACGUCGCCGGCGCGUGGAGAUUCGUUCAGUGCAAUUGGGGAGCUCGACAUCUCGUAAAUGCCAAAGAAGUCCCACGUCCUGGCCAACCAAAAGCAAAGAACGAUAGCCUAAGGUACGAGUACGACGAUCAUUACUUUCUCACGGAUCCAAGAGAAUUUAUAUACGAAUUCUUUCCACUUCAAGAAGAUUGGCAAUUGCUCAAACAACCGAUCACGUUGAAAGAUUUCGAGGAAUUACCCUUCGUACGAUCGUUAUUCUUCAGAUAUGGCCUUUAUUUUCCGGAUACGAACACAAAUGCCGUUAUGUACACGGAUUCGACCGGUGCCGCGACCGUAAGAAUAGCGAUGCCUGCACACAUGCAAUCGUCCCUCAUUUUUCACUAUAAUCUGAAAUUUUACGAUAACGACGGCGACGGAUACGAUGGGGUUUCGUUGAAACGUUUCGUCAUGCAGUCGGUCGUCGGUAACAUCGUUGCAUUUCGAGUGCACGCUCCGUGCUCGGGAGCAUUCCUCUUGGACAUAUUUGCGAACGCGGUCACGCCGAAGGAGUACUUGACGGGUGAGCCAAUGAAGUUUAAGAGCGUGUGCAAAUUCAAAAUCGCUUGCGAAGAACUUCAGACGGUGAUGGUUCCACUUCCGGAUUGUGCCAGUGGCGAGUGGGGUCCUACCAAGGCUACCAGACUGUUUGGAUUAAUACCGAUAACUCAUCAGGAAGCUCUGGUAUUCGCCGGACGAGAACUAGAGAUUCAGUUUCGUAUGUCACGACCUUUGACCGACUUCAUGGCGACUCUCCACAAGAACGGUAUCGAAGAGAAACGACUGUCAAAGUACGUCGCGCAUUCGAUCGCCGACGACGACGUUGUAACUUUCUCGAUAAGUUUCCCAGAGGAAGGCCAAUACGGUCUUGAUAUUUACACGAGAGAAUCAACCGGACCAACUACCGCCCAACACGACGUCACCGGUGAAAAACAUUUGCUAACCCAUUGUUGCAAGUAUCUCAUCAAUUCCAGCAAACGGAAUUAAGGGAUUUCAACGGGGAAGAUUCUUCUAUUUAUCUUUCUAACUCGCGUGGACUCGUUCUUAUUGUCGUCGUCGUUGGUCCUCGUUGUCCUUUUUAUAACAGGAUAGAACUGAGAUCCUCUGCAGUAGACGUGACGAACUCUGCUGAAAAUGAAGCGUCAGCUUGUCGUCGUUGUCGAGCUCAUUAACAAUUUCUGUCUGUCUCUCUCUCUCUCUCUCUCUCUCUUUCUCUCUUUCUCUCUGACGUGUCUUUUAAUUUAAAGUCUUCCAACAAAAUAGCAAUUACGUUCUUGGAUAAACCGGUCGAGUAGCCUCGACGUUACAACGUGCGACUGUUUCUCUCUCUUUCUCUCUCUCUCUCUCUCUCUCUCUCUCUCUCUCUCUUUCUCUUUCUCUCUUUGAAUAUGUCGCAAAACUAUCCCCAGCUACAAUUAACAUAAUGAACAUUAUUUCCACCAUUGACGUUUCAUAAUGACUUUGCUAAGACUCGAAUGAUGAUCCUUUCCUAUGAAUUUUUUCUUACGUAAAGUAAGCGACGUAGAACUCGUUUACGUUAUAAACAAUGUUACAAGAAGAUAAAGGAAACUCGAAUCAAAAUAGAAUUUUUUUCAUGGAUGUUUUCUUUUUUUUCGUUUUUAACGAUGAGACAAAGUAAAGGGUAAAACAUACCUAUCGUCAAGCACGAUGUAAGCGAGUUAACGAGCUACCUCCAGAGAUAUUUUUCAUCAUAAUGUAGAGCAUGUACGGUCAUAGAUAUAUUUGGAUAAAUCGAACGAGAGAGAAAGAAAGAGAAAGAGAAAUACAGAGAGAAAGAGAAAUUUAAGUUUUCAGUAGAUAUGAAGAAAUUAGUAUGUUAUAGGAAAUGUGGCUGGGGUCAUAAAAAAUUAUUUUUUGUUGAAGUAGCGAUAAAAAAUACAACAUAAGCUUUUAUCAAGUAUUUUAUCGAAUGGUUUUAUAAAAAAAUGAAUAUAUAUACAUACAUACAUAUGUAUAUAUAUAUAUAUAUAUAUAUACAUAUAUACAUGUAUAUAUAUAUGUUUGUGUGUGUGUGUGUGUGUGUGUAUAUAUAUAUAUAUAUAUAUAUAUAUAUAGGUAUAUAUACGUUAAUACAAAAAUCUAUAAAAUCCGUGUUGAGUUUCACGAUAUAAUGACGAUAUAAAAGCGUUUGAUAAAAUACAUAUGUGAUAUUUGUUUUCCAUUUUUACGUCCUCUUGACAAAAAGGUUUAUUUCAUUUUUUUUUUUCAUUUCUUUUUUAUCGUUGUUGCAACAAGAAACAAUUACUUUUUUUUCAAAUGUUUAAUUCUUCACGUAUCUCAUAUAGCAACCUAAUCUCUACGUAUCUACUCACAAAUGAAAAAAAUCGAAAAAAAUAUAUUCGAUUAGAAAAAGCGUCCUGAUAUUUCUACGACCUAUUGUACGUAUAUACAUACGUGUAUAGUACGUGUACACACACACACACACACACACACACACAUAUGUUUAAACGUCGAUCAUGCCACCAAAUGUACCUCGAAUUUCGAACGAACGAUCUUAAGAUUGCUUACUAAAGGAUUAAGUAAAGAGAGAGAACGUAAGUUUUCAUAGAAAAGUAAAUUAACUUGAAUGUACGAAAAUAAAUCGCUUAGGUAUAUAUUUGUACGUAUAGGCUACAUUCAAGGACGUUUUCCUUAGAAAAAUUCGUCGUCCUAUGAAAGUGGAAUUUAAGCUCGCGUUUUCUUAAAGCUUUUUGUUAGAGGUGACUGGAAAUACGAAAGGUGCUCGUCUACCUACGUUUAUGUACAUAAGUUAUUUAUGCACGUAUAUUGGUAUACAUAUGUAUGUGCGUUCUAUCGUAUACCGUUCUAAACGUUUCAAACGACGCACAUCGUUGGAGAAUGAGAACGCUAAGAGGAAUUUCAUCGUUGCGAUGAUUCUCGAGAGAAAUAUACAAAGAGACACGCGCACACACACACACACAUUUAGAGGUGCUAUAGUUUAUUUCUAUUUCGCGCGCGCGCGUAAAAAAAAAGAAAAAAAAAAGCAAAAAUUUACGUAAGCUAUUGUUUUUAUUUCGCCUUGUUAAUUUUUUUUCUUUUUUUUUUUUUCUUUCUCGCAAUAAUAAUAUUCUUGUUAUUAAUUGAAAUUCUAACGACGCUUAUGGGAGAAACAGAAGAAGAAGAAGAAAAGGAGGAGGAGGAAAAAGAAAAAAAUGAAGAGAGAACCAGAGGAAUGUGACCGUCCAUGUUCGCGUGGUUCUUGAUACUUGCAAAAUAAGUUUAUAACUCGAGCUUAUCAUUAUUUUCUCACUUUGUUUUAAUUUUUAACGUUGAUUUAGUCCGACAUGUAAAUUAAUUUUUUUUAUAAAUAUCAAUAAGUAUAUACAUAUAAAUAUAUAAAUAUAUAAAUAUAUAAAUAUAGAUAUGUAUAUAUACAUAUACAUAUAUGUACACGUAUAUAAACGUAUUUAUAUUAAAUAUUUGAGCAGAGAAAAAGAGAUGGUAUUCCUUGUAUAAAGAUCGAAUAAAAAUAAAAAAUAGAUUGAAUGCCGUUAACAGUCAAGAGAUAUUAGAAUGAUAAUAUAGCAGAAAUCUUUAAUACCGUCCUAUGUACCAACGUAAGCUACAACGUAAUGAAGUUAGUUCCUAAUUGUAAGCAAGGAUGGCGCGAGAAUAUCAAUUUUAAUAAGGGAGGGGGAAAAAAUCUCUAUACGCAUAUACACGUAGAAUCUUUUCCGAGAUAUGACCAUAGAGAGUCGAAAAAAAAGAAGAAAGAGAAUAAAGGGAACAAUACUGAAAAAGAUGCAAGUUGCAGGAAUGCAAUUCGAGGCGUGUUAAUUUCUUCGCGUCUUUUCUAGAAACUAGACGAAACGAACGAUGAGAAAAUCUAAGGAAUAAGGUAUGCGAGGAGAAAUGCGAAAAGGGAUAUUCAUAUUUUCUGAUUAAAACUCGUUGAAACGAUUUGUUGAUGGAAAAUAUAAGCGGAAGCUUUGGAAAGUUUAGCAAAGAGACUGCUGAAAGAAAAAGGAGACUUUUUGCGUUCUUGUUUUUGUACUUUUAUGUAUUUUACGUUGGGAAGAACGUUGUUAUUAUGAAAACUAGGUAAUUAUUGGAUACGCUUCGUGCAUUAGUUCAACGAUGAAUCGUUAUUUGCGGUAUGGAUAUUUUAUUUCCUUCCGACGAAGCUAAUUGCUACGAAAAGAAAGAAGAAAGAAGAAUGAGAGAUAGAUAGAUAGAUAGAUAGAGAGAGAGAGAGAGAGAAAGGGAGAAGGGUAGUUGCGCAUUAAUUAAAUAGCCUGCCCUCCUUUUCACCACCCCCUCCUCUUUGCUAACUUCCGGAAUACGACUGACUCGGAAUUGGAGAGACGAGUUAAAGAAGUUUUCCUUCCACUCCCCUCUUUUUCCGCCCUUUCCUCCUCCUCUCCGCGCCACCUCACUCCUAUCUUCGUUUCACGAGUUUUCUCAUGGAAUGGGACAAUUUCAUAAGUCCAUCUCGCGUUCCACGAUUUAUCGUACCGUAUCGGGAAUUGCAAUUUCAAAUUAGCAGCGUCCAUUAGCCCGUUACAGUUAUGGUUACGUAUGUAUUACGUAUAGGGAGAAG